UUUGGAGUUUCUGGUUCAAAUAAUGAUAUCAGCGUGUUAGAUCGUUCUCCAGUGUUUGAUGAUAUUCUAAAUGACCGUGCUCCGGAGGCCACAUUUGUCAAAUCAAUCUCAAAGCCACAAGGUGAGAAACGCAAGUUAUUUGCACAAUACCAAGAAAGACAAAGAAAAGAUGUGGAACGAGCAUUCGGAGUGUUGCAAGCACGCUUUGCAAUUAUACGUGGUCCAGCUCGUUUUUGGGAAAAGAAAAAGCUUGCCAACAUAAUGAGAGCUUGUAUUAUAUUGCAUAAUAUGAUUGUUGAGGAUGAAAGAGACAGCUAUGCAGGAAAUUUUGCUCAAGGCUUAGAGUAUGAUGAUGUUGAAAAUGGCUUAUCACAACCUCAGCUGGGAGAGGAAGAUUUUGCACCAAACCAUCAAUUUCUCCAAAGAAAUGCCCAACUUCGAAAUAGGCAGCAGCAUAGACAAUUGAAGGAGGACUUGAUUGAACACAUAUGGCAAUUUCACAAUGCUUGUCGUCAACUAUAG